AAAAAAAGGUGUAAAACCUCCAAUUGGAAAGCGGCAAGACUUAAUCGGAAGAUUGCAUCUCUCUUUGCUCAAGGAAUCAUUGUCGGAUUUUUCAAGCAGAAAAAGUAGUUGAGCUGAACUUCAGGUUAAUCUGAGCUUUUUCAUGGCGACACAGGAGAGACCUAGUUCAGCUAAGAGCGAGCCACGCGAUGCGUCUUCUUCUCUUUCUUCCAGAGUCAAGAUCGAUCCGUCUAUUAAGGACAAAAAGAAGAUCGCGACCUCUAGCAGACCGAUCAUGUCGGAUUCUAAACCCAGAUCCUCUGUUUCUACCGUCACGGCGAAAUCCGAGGCAAAGCCCAAAGUACCUAUAAAUUCAGUGAAAACCAUAGCAACAACAUCUGCAGCAGCGAGCUUGGUGAAAGGGAAAGCGCAAACAACAUCUACAGUAGUGAGCUUGGUGAAAGCGAAAACAACAUCUGCAACAGUAAGCUUGGUGAAAGGGAAAGCGAAAAGAGAGAAGAAGGUUUAUUCAUUAGCUGGACAAAAGUUUGAUCCUCCUGAAGAGAGAGAGCCCUUGAGGAUAUUCUAUGAAUCCUUGUCGAAACAAAUACCUGGGAGUGAAAUGGCUGAGUUCUGGCUUAUGGAACAUGGUAUGUUGUCUCCCGAAAAGGCGAAGCGAGCCUUUGAGAAAAAGCAGAGAAAAAUGAAGCAAAUUCGAAUGGGGACACCGAGUAAAUCGGCACCAACGUUUUCUAGUAAAGCGGAGAGUUCUCAAAGAACAUCUGCAUCCAAGAACAACGGUUUAGAUGCGAGAAAGAAGAAGAAAGUCGUCGAUGAUGAUGACGAUGAUGAUGAUGAUUUCAUCCUAAGCCACAAGAGAAGGAAAGUGUAAACCAUACAAACUUGUUAUUAGGAAAAAAUCGAAUAAAGUGCUCAGAGAUCGUUGCUGUAUAUGCUCAAAAUGUUGUUCAUGAUUGAGGAUGUACCAUGACACAAUAGUUCAGUAUAAAGUUUUAGUAAAGCAUGAAUAGUAUAACUUUUGAAUUGAUCAAAUUUUCAUAUCUAUGAGUCU